AUGGCUCAGCUGGAGCUGCUGUGGGCGGCCGCCGCGCUGAUGCUGCUGGGGGCCAUCGUCAGCCUCUGCGUCAAGUGCCAGCUCUCCGCGACCAAGCGAGCGAAGCAGCCGAGCGAGCGGAGCAGCCAGUUCGAAAGCCAGCAGGGGUUUGAGGUGAUUCGCUCCCAUUCCAGUGAGUACGACCGUUGCGCGGGGCUCCUGCCUUGUGGGGUGGGGGUCCUGCACGCACAGAAUGGGGGGUCUGACUGCGUGCUGCUGGCAACCAUUUCAAUGGAAGCCAAGGAAAUAGCUGUGGCUGUACAUAAUAGGAAAACCACCGAGGAGUUCAGUGCCUCCUGCCGUGCUGGAUACGGGAGCAGGACCGAGUCCAGAUAUCGGAAUUUCCUGACAGAGGACUACCUGCGAGGAGAUGCUGCCUACGUGGAGCCCAUCUCUCUGGAUUACUACAACUGCGCCCGCUUCUUCACGCCACCCAUCGAGAAAGAGGAGGAUUCCCAUUCCUACCAGAACGUCAUCAAUGGGGUGUCCCAUGGCUCCGACACGGAUGAUGCUCUAGACUACGAGAACAGCGCGGCCAUACACUUCUGGAAACUCCAGCAAGCAGAAGCUCUGCAGCCCGACAGCCUGGAUGAGGAGCCCGACUACGUCAACACGGCGCCUGUGUCAGGCCCUGCCCCGCUGGCAAAGCCAAGGUCUCAGUACCGCUGA